GAUGAUCAAACCUACUGCGGGGUCUGAACCUCAAAGGAGUUAAACAUCUGCAGUGUGUCGCUGCCUUCCUUUCAUUGCUUCAAAGUUUUAUAAUUAACGGCUAAUGUGUCGCUGCCUCUGCACGGAAGGAUUUUGAUUUUAAUAUUACACUGGAUUUUAAAGUCCAAUAUAGUUAAUACUAUCGCUACAAGAUUCGUUUUUAGAGUUUAAAUAUAGCAAGUUUGAAAAAUCCUAAAAUGUUUUUAAGGCAACUGGCAGCUUGUACUUUAUUAUUUUCUGUUGGUUUAUUUUUGUCAUAUCUUCCUGGCAGUAGCUGUCAGAGGUCAUCGAUGCCCAGGUGGUUGAUUGGAGACAGGGAUCGAGAUAGGGAUGGACAGUGCAAUGUUCAUUGCCCACGGACUCCGGCCAAGCCAUUGUGUGGCUCUGAUGGACGCAGCUAUGAUACUGCCUGUGACUUCCACAGGGUACGCUGCAGAGAUCCUUCUCUCACUGUUGCAUAUCGUGGCAGAUGCAAAGACUCUGGGGUGACAAAAUGUCGGGCUGAGAGAUCCCAGGCACUGGAACAAGCCAAGAGACCACAGGAGUCUGUCUUUAUCCCUGAGUGCAAUGAGGAUGGCUCUUUUGCACAGGUGCAAUGUCACACACUGACUGGAUACUGCUGGUGCGUCACCGCUGAUGGAAAGCCUGUGAGCGGCUCUUCUGUGCAGAACAAGACUCCGGUUUGCACAGGUUCAGUAACUGACAAACCAUCUGGGCAGCCGAGUGCAGGGAAAAAAGUUUCUUUUCGUUUCUUUUUGACUCUCAAUCCAGAUGAUGGAUCAAAGCCAACACCUACCUUGGAGACACCACUUAUUUUUGAUGGAGAAGAAAUCACAGCUCCAACCCUGUGGAUCAAACAGUUGGUCAUUAAAGAGAAUAAACAGAACAGUUCAAGUUCAAGGAGUCCAGAAAAAAUUCCCUCUUGUGACCAGGAGAGGCAGAGUGCUCUGGAUGAAGCACAUCAAAACCCCCGAGAAGCCAUCUUCAUACCUGAAUGUGCUGCUGGUGGCCUGUACCAGUCAGUUCAGUGCCACCAGUCUACAGGAUACUGUUGGUGUGUUUUGGUAGACACUGGCCGGCCAAUUCCUGGCACUUCCACUCGGUACCAAACCCCUGAGUGUGAUAAUGCAGCCAGAUCUAGGAAUUCAGAGAUAGAAGAUCCCUUCCGGGAAAGAGAGCUUCCAGGUUGUCAGGAUGGAAAGAAACAUGAGUUUAUCACAAGCCUACUAGACGCCCUUACUACUGAUAUGGUACAAGCUAUAAACUCACCUGCUCCUUCGGGUGCUGCGAGGUUCUAUGAGCCAGAUCCCAGCCACACACUUGAAGAGAGAGUGGUGUUUUGGUAUUUUCGGCAGCUCGACAUCAAUGGCAGUCAAGACAUCAACAAAAAGGAGCUGAAGCCUUUCAAACGUUAUGUCAAGAAGAAAGCUAAGCCAAAGAAAUGUGCUCGCAAGUUCAUAGACUACUGCGAUUUGAACAAGGACAAAGCAAUCUCUCUGAUGGAACUGAAAGGAUGCCUGGGUGUGAGCAGGGAUGGAGGCAGCACAAAUGGAGGUGGUCAGCAAGGAAAGAGACAAGGAGACGUCUGGUGUGAAGAACUGGCCUCUGAGCAGCAACAAGGAGAAUGGAGUGAUGGAAGGAAGGAGCAGAGGAAACGUAGGAGAUCACAGGUUUCAAACUGUAGACACUCCAAACAAAAAAAAAAAAAAAAAGAAGAAAAAUCAAGGCCUUAAAAAGGAGAGGCGUCAAACCUUUUGCACUUUAAAAGAAGGAAGAACUAAUUGAUUGCUUAGCUCCAUUUGCAUUGAUGCUGCACUGCCUGCUGUUAUGAGGAAGGGCCAUGAAGCAUGUUGCUUUUUUUUUUUCUCUUUCAAAUAUGUUUUUAUAACUCUUUGUAAAGAAAUAGAUUUCUAUUAGUCUUCUAGACCUUUGUAUGAUGGGUGGGAGGUUCACAAGGGAGCCUGCCACCAGUCUUACUCGUUUCUAACACCCCAGGAGGAAUCUGCAGAAGUUUCAGAGCUGUUACCCCAGAGGUGGCUUACCAUGAAUGAAAUGUUUUGGGGCUCGGACAUCGACCCUUUUCCCAUGCUUCCUCCUGUGCCAAAUGAAAACCCCAUUCAGGAAGAAGGACUUGAGGAAGAAUGUUAAAGACUACAUCUUCAUCACCUUCUCUAAAACUUCUCAAGAGGCCAGCUCUGUCCCUUUGCUCCAAGUCCACGUUCUUGAGUGGUAAAUCCUCUGGCCUUUGGGAGCCAUAGGGCGUACCGGAAAUGUGAAGGUCAAGUGUAAACCGAAAUAGAUUUGUUUGAAGAGGAGUUGCAGUUUGUCAGUUUCACCAUUAGACUUUUUUGUAAUGUAAAGGUUGUGCUUUUUUAUUAUAAAUAAAAUUGCUGUACCUAUAGA